CCUGGUUUGCUUGCCUUCUCUCUAGUGGACCUGCCAAGCGUGCUCUCCGUCAAUCUGCCUUGGUCUCUUCUUUACGUCAGAAACCUUUCGGAUGAUAGACAUGGGACAGUCAUUUUUCCUCAGCUUUCUGGAUCCUCAUCACCGUCGUCCGUGUCUUUGACUAUCCGCUUGGCCAUAGACCUUCGAGAUUGUCAGAGGGUAUUGUAGAACUUCGGACCAAUUCAAUCCCCAACUUCCCGCGUUCUUCUAAUCGAAAGCAACGGAGAUGCAGAACCCGAACCAACACAUGCAGUCGGACCAGGCCCACCAGCAGCAGUACCCACCCCAUCCUCAGCAUCCCCAGGGCCCUCCCUUGUCACAGCCACAACCCACCCUGCUUUCAGGCCCGCAGCAGCCGCCAAAGCACCUGGGCCCUUCUCAACAGAUCCCUUUGUCGCAAGCCCUGGGGGCUCACCCCGGUCCGCCUCCCCACGGCAUCCCCCCUCACCUCCUGCAGCAGCGGCAUCUGCAGCAGUCCGCCCAGCCUCCCGUGCAGGCGCAGCAGCGGACAGUGCAACGACAGCAGCAGACGCUUCUCACCCAGCCGCAGCAGCAGCAGGGCCCUCUGUCACAGCCGCAGCAUAUGCAGAAGCAGCAGCCGUUGUCGCAGCAGCAGCAUAAGCAGCAGAAGCACCUGGAGCACGCAGCGCAGCCCAUGCAGCCGAAGCAGCAGGGUCCGCCGAUGCAGCCUAUGGCUCAGAUGCAGCCGCAGCUGCAGGCGCAGUUGCUGCAGCGGCAGCAGCAGCAGCAACAGCAGCCGCAGGAUCAGAGGCGGCAGCAGCCGAUUCACCAGCAGGUCCCGCCUCACGCGCUUCAGCAGCAAGGGAUGCACCCAGGCCAGCCUAUGCACCAGCCACAGCGGCAGGUGCAGCAGUCCCCUGCUUUGGCGCCACGGCAGCAGUUAAUGAUGGCGCAGCAGCAGCAACAGCAACACGCGCCUUCAGCACUCAUGCAGCCGCAGCAGUCGCAGCAGCAGCAUCAGCAGCAGCAGGCGGGAGUCACAGCACAGAAACAUCAGCAGCAUCAGCAGCACCAGCAGCAUCAGAGGCCCUUAGGCCAGAUUCCCGCGCAGCAGCAGGUACUGAUGGGGCAGCAGCAGGCAGCAGCGCACGGGCAGAAGCAGACGCAGCAGCAAGUUGUGUUGAUGCAGCAGCCAAGUAUGGGGCAGCAGAGACAGCUGAAGCCACAGCAACAGGCACAAGCGCCACAUGCAGUAUUGACGGGUACGCAGCAUGCAGCGGCUGCUGCAGCGCAGCAGCAGCAGCAACAGCAGCAACAGCAUCAGCAGCAGCAACAGCAACAGCAGCAACAGCAACAGCAACAGCAGCAGCAGCAGCAGCAGCAGCAACAGCAGCAGCAGCAGCAGCAGCAACAGCAACAGCAACAGCAGCUGCAGCAGCAGCAGCAGCAGCAGCAGCAGGGGGGUCGAUUGACAACAAACGACGCAUUGGCAUAUCUGAAGGCAGUGAAGGAACGGUUUCGAGACGAGAAGGACAAAUACGACGAGUUCCUGGACGUCAUGAAGAACUUCAAGGCGCAGCUGAUCGACACAGCAGGAGUGAUAGCGCGUGUGAAGGAGCUCUUCGUGGGCCACAGGCAGCUCAUCCUCGGCUUCAACACCUUCCUCCCCAAGGGAUACGAAAUCACCCUCCCACCCGAACCCACAACUCCGGUACCAGCCCCCGCGCCCGCACCCCCUCCUCAGCCUCGGUCCGCGCCUCCUGCGGUGGCUCGGGCGGUAAUCACCCCAUCCGUACCUGCAGGGCCUGUCCCAUCUGUCGCUCCUGCUGGUGGUCCCCCGCUUAUGCCUGGAGGAGCGGGUGCAGCGGCACCCCAUGCACCAGUGCCAGUGCCCCAUGGGGGGUCUAUUAGUGGGGCUGCCGCGGCUACUCGCACUCCCCCCCUUCCUGCUGCUGCAGUGGGCGCAGGCGCAGGAGCAGGAGCAGGAGCAGGUGCAGUGGCAGCUGCUUCUGGUGCAGGUCAUGCUGGGGGAGGUUCAUCUGCUGCUGCUGCUGGUGCUGCUGGUGCUGUUGCUGCCGCUCCUGGUGGUGGUUCUCCUCCCAGUGCUCCUGCUGCUGCCCCUGGUGCUGCUGGUGCUGCUGCGACUGUGCCUGCAGCAGCAGCAGCAGCAGGGGGGGCAGGAGGAGCGGCGGGUGCAGCAGCUGCUCCGGCUGCGCGAAGCAAGAUGGUGGAGUUCGACCAAGCCAUCAGCUACGUCAACAAGAUCAAGGCCCGCUUUGCUGACGAUGAGUCGGUGUACAAGAGCUUUCUGGAGAUCCUCAACAUGUACCGCAAGGGCAACAACAACAUCGUGGACGUGUACAAGGAGGUGGCUACGCUCUUCAAGGACCACUCAGAUCUGCUGGAGGAGUUCACCUUCUUCCUGCCGGACUCUGCUGCCAGCCAUUUGCCCCAGUGGCGCGGGGUGGGCCCCCCACCUCCUGGCACCGUUGCUGCGCCUGGUGGUGGUGCUGCUGCUGGCAGUGCUGCUGCUGCUGGCAGUGCUGCUGCUGCUGGCGGCGCGGCUGGCGCAACAGCAGUAGCAGGAGCACGGCCGGGUGUGGGUGCUGGUGCUGGUGAAGCAGCAGCUGCUGCUACGGUUGCUGCCACAGUUGGUGGGGUUGCUGCUGCUGCUCCAGCUGGUGCAGCAGCAGCUGGUGGCCGGGCGGAGAAGGGCAAGAAGGACAAGGACGGAGAGCACACAGAGAGGAGGCGCAAGGGGGCAGAGGGUCGGGGCAAGGAGAAGGAGGCAGAGGGGCGAGGAAAGGUGAAGGAGGAGGUGGAUGAAGACACGUCCGCACAGCAGCAGCACAAGCGCCUCCAGCAGCAGCAGCAGCAGCAGCAGCAGCAGCAUGGGGAUGCAGCACAACCGCAUCUGCACCACGCCCAGCAAGCAGCGGGGGCUGGGGGUUUGCAGCAGGGGGGCGAGGAGGGCACGCACAGGAAGCCGCUGAUGCUGGACCUGCAGAAGCCCCCGCGGGAGGUAGAGCAGCAGGUGGAGGAGAAGCGGGCUGGGCUGGCGCUGCCUCAGCCCAUGCAGGUGGAUGGGAAAGAGGGGCACAAGGAGUGGAGCCAGCAGCAGCAGCAGGAGGGGGUGGGGGUGGGGGUGGCGCAUGCUGUGGUGCAGCCGGCGCAGCAGCCGAAGCGGAAGGGGCGGAAAGGGGAGGAAGGGGGGAAGAAGAAGGAGCAGGGGGGAGGGGCGGCAGCUGAGGGGCCAGCCGAUGAGAGGAAAGGGAGCAGGGCCCUGGGAAUGCACCGCGAGCUGGCGUUCUUUGAGCGGGUGAAGGCGCGGGUGCGCAGCCGGGAGGUGUACCAGGAGUUCCUCAAGUGCCUCAACAUCUUCAGCCAGGAGAUCAUCGCCCGCGCCGAGCUGCAGAGCCUCGUGGGGGACAUCCUCGCCAAGCACCCCGACCUCGUCGAGGGCUUUAACGAGUUUCUAGCUCGGUGUGAAAACCUCGACUUCGAGACGCUGGAGUCAGCAGGUGGAGGGGCAAGGGUGAAGGUGGAGGAGGAGGAGAGGAAGGAGGCUGGGGAGAAGGAGAGGGAGCACGAGAGGGCUGAGACCAAGGAGAGGGAGAGGAAGGAGGUGGGGGAGCGCGAGCGGGAGAAGGAGAAGGAGCGAGAGAGGAAGAAGGAUAGAGAGAGGGAGCGGGUGAAGGACCAUGGACGCGUGGAGAAGGAGGCAGAGGAGCGGGAGAGGGAGGAGCGGGAGAGGGAGGAGAGAGAAAGGGAGGAGAAGGAGAGAGUUAAGGAGAGGGAGAGGGAGGAGCGGGAGCGGGAGCGGGAGCGGGAGAGGGAACGGGAGAGGGAGCGGGAGAGGGAGAAGGAGAGGGAGGCGAAGGAGCGGGAGCGGGAGCGGGAGGCAAGGGAGAAGGAGAAAGAGCGCGCAGCGGCAGCAGCGGCGGUAGCAGCAGCAGCCAAGUCAGUGGUAGUGAGGAAGGAGCAAGUGCAGUACAAGUCGAUCUGCGAAAUGGAUUUGUCGGCGGCUGAACGAUGCUCCCCCAGUUACCGCCUCCUCCCCAAACCACAAAUGCGGCCCGUGUCGUGCCAUCGCACUGAGCUGGGAAUGAAGGUGCUCAACGACGUGUGGGUGUCGGUAACCUCGGGCAGCGAGGACUACUCGUUCACUCACAUGCGCAAGAACCAGUACGAGGAGUCACUCUUCCGUUGCGAGGACGACCGCUUCGAGCUGGACAUGCUGCUUGAGUCCACGGCAGUGACGGCCCGGCGGGUGCAGGAGGUGAUAGACCGCAUGCACGGGAUGUCGGACGCGGAGCGGGGCGGCUUCAGGGUUGAGGAGAAUCUGACCGCCAUCAACAUGCGGUGCAUCGAGCGCAUCUACGGCGACCAUGGGCUCGACAUUCAAGAGCUGGUGAAGCGCACACCAGCAGUGGCGCUUCCGGUGGUGCUGCAGCGGCUGAAGCAGAAGCACGAGGAGUGGGUGCGGUGCCGGGCUGAGAUGAACCGCGUGUGGGCGGACGUGUACGCCAAAAAUUAUGCCAAGUCGCUGGACCACCGCAGCUUCUACUUCAAGCAGCAGGACAAGAAGAGCCUCAGCAUGAAAGGUCUUCUAUCUGAGAUUCGCGAGCUGAAUGAGCAGAAACACAAGCAGGACGAGGUAGUAGCCGCACUAGCUGUUCCCACUCGCCGCCCGCUCAUCCCCGACAUCCGGAUGGCGUACAGUGACUCUGCCAUCCACGAGGAUCUGCACGAAAUCAUCAAGUUUUCGACGGAGGAGGUUUGUAACUCGCCCGAGCAGUCGGCUAAAGUUAUGAAGCUGUGGACGGGUUUCAUUGAAAUGUUUUUGAACGCGCCCUCGGUCUGGUCGAAAUUUGUCGCCGAGGAGAAAGCUGCCCGGGACGCGGAGAAUGCUGCCUGCGAAGCAGCGAGGGCUGCCCGGGGGGGGGAUGGGGAAGGGCAGAGGAAGAGAGGGCGGCAUGAGGUGGAUGAUGACGGGGCUGGUGGUGCGAGUGAGGGGCAAAAAUCAGGGGGUAGGGAGGCGGGGUCAGAUGGGCUGGAGGAAGGCGAAUUCGCCCCAGGGGCAGCAGCUAAGAGACGAAAGAGGGGGAGGAGGGAGAGGGAGGAGGGGGAGGACGAGAGCAUGAGGUCUGAGGGGUCAAGUGCAGAAACUGAUAGCGCUGGGGAGGAGAAGAGGAGGCAGAGGAGGAGGAGAAGGGGGAGUGAGGGGCGGGAUGAGGAGGAGGAGGAGGGGAGAGGGGAGGAGGACGAGGACGAGGAGGCAGAGGACAGGGAGAGUGGAGGGGAGAUGGGAGAGGAGGGUGGGGAAGGGGGCGAGGAGGAGGAGGAGGAAGAGGAGGGGGGGAGAGGGUGGAUAUCGGGUCUGGGCCCCAAGGAGCGGCAGCACAGGGGCAAGAAAAAGUGGGGGCGGCACUGGCACAAGGCUUGCCGCCCCGUGGUGGCGCAUAGGGAGUCGUUUGAAGCAGCACGCAUAGGAGGAGGUGGGAUGCAGUUAGCAGUGACAGCAGCUGCAAUCGAGGGAGUGGGAGGGAGGGGAGGAGAUUUAGUGGCAGGGGCAGGGGGAGAGGGGGGGAGAGGGAGGAAGGGGAAAGGGCGGGCAGAGGUGACAGUGGAGGGAGAAGGGAGGGAGACGGAGAAGGAAACGGAGAAGGAAACGGAGGAGAGGGAGAAGGAGAGGGAGAGGGAGAGGGAAAAGGAGAGGGAGUUAUCGGAGGAGUUGUGGAGCAAAACGCAGGCGGAGGCGGGAGCGAGGCGUGUGAUGUAUGGCAACGACACCAUGUACAUGCUGUUCAGACUGCACCAUACUCUCUACGAGCGUAUUCUGAGUGCCAAGGUCAACGCCCGAGCCUCAGAGGAGAAAUACCGCGCUCUCAACCACUCAGACCCGCCUGACCUCUACGCCAGGUUCCUGGAGGUGCUGUACAACCUGCUGGACGGGCAGAUCGACAACACACGGUUUGAGGAUGAGUGCCGAGCCGCCAUCGGCACCCAGUCCUACGUGCUUUUCACCAUUGACAAGCUCAUCUACCGGCUGGUGAAACAGCUGCAAGCAUGCGCGGGCGACGAGGUGGGCGCCAAGCUGCAGCAGCUGCACGAGUACGAGGUGGCCAAGGGGGCGGGCGGCUAUGUGGACAUGGUGUAUCAGGCCAACGCUUGUGCGCUCAUGCACGACGACUCCUUAUACAGGAUUGAACUGCUCGCACAGCAACCAGGCGAGGGCGUGCUGACAGUGCAGCUGAUGGAGGGCGGGCCGGAGAAGGUGGAGGUGCCGGCAGCAGCCAUGGAGUCGGCGUUCCUCGAGUACCUCUGGCACUUCCUGCACUCGCCACCCGCGCAUGCGACCGACCGCGCCCACGUCUUCCUUGCCAGGAAUGUGAGAAAGGCGUCAUCAUCAACAUCCAAGAGGGGCCGCAGCAAGGAGGACGAGGAGAGGGCUGCUCUGGAGAGCGUGCUUAUACUGAAUGGGCUCGAGUGCAAGCUCUCCUGUGUCACCUCCAAGGUCUCCUAUGUCCUGGACACAGAGGACUAUCUCCUCCGCCACAAGAAGAAGCGACAACCCAAGAGUGCAGCUCAAGCACUCUCCCACAAGGCGCAGGGGACAGGUGGCACGCAGGGAUUGGCCGACCGCUCACAGAGGGCAGCCAGGCGGUUACGGCGUUACCAGCAGUGGAUCUCUGCUGGAGUGCCCCCGGCCUCGUCCUCUUGAGGGGUUUACCCUGCCUAAGUUAAACAGGCGGCUGGUGGAAGCAUACCUCCUUACUGUUGCUCCUCUCAGCACAUAAGGUUGAAUGGGUGGGGUGUGCUGCAAUAGAAGAAAUUGCCAAGAGUUAUUAGGCCUUCGCUUGGCAGAAAAGGCACAGGGGCCCGUUAUCAGGAGCCACUGCAUUUUGUGGCCCUAAAUUAGCCCUUAGAAUUAUAACCUCGUGUGACUUUAAGUUCUUUCGGUGCUGUGAUGAUUGCACUUGUGUCAGUU